GCGCACUGUGCGUCAAGUCGCCGACGUUGGCGAGUGCGCGCGCGCAGAGGUCAGACGGUCUGGAAGAUUGGGGCCAGCUUUGCAGACAGUCGGAUUCUGAGAACACUGAAAUUCCAGGAUGGGUCACGACCAUGGACAUGGUCAUGGGAAGAUGGUGCUCCCAGACUACAAGCAGUGGAAAAUUGAAGGGACGCCUCUGGAGUUCACGCAGGAACGGCUGGCCAGGAGAGGCCUGAGGGAUCCUUGGGCUCGGAAUGAGGCUUGGCGGUACAUGGGUGCCUUUUCUACCCCAGUAACAUUUAAGGAUGUGUUCCUGAGAGGCUUCAAGUGGGGCUUUGCUGCAUUUGUCGUGGCCCUUGGCGUGGAGUACGUUAUGUUCCCACCAAAGAAGGGAGGCCAUCACUAAACAUAAAGUAAAAUCCGGACUCUGGUUCUCAUUGAACAUCCCAACAAGCACACUCUGCCAGGGGGGACUCUGAAAUCGUUCAGCUCCAUUGUCCUGUCAUGACUCGCUGGGUGUCCAAUACUGAAGAUUCCUUUAUUGUCUAGCUAAGAGGUUUACCUUUAAUAAUAAAUUCUACACACCUGAGA